AAUUUGGUUUUUCUCUUUAGUGUCUCAAUGAAAUCCUGGAGUCAGCAGAUGCACCUUUAGAAGUCACCGAAGGAUUUAUUCAGUCGAUUUCUCUGUCAGUUCCGUGGGGCUCCUUGCUACAGGACAAUUGUGCACUGGAAGUAAAAGGAUUAGAAAUGGUCUUCCGACCUAGACCUCGUCUAGCAACUGGUUCUGAGCCUAUGUAUUGGUCAAGUUUCAUGACCAGCAGUAUGCAACUGGCAAAAGAAUGUCUUAGCCAAAAAUUAACAGAUGAACAAGGAGAAGGAUCCCAGCCUUUUGAAGGGCUUGAAAAAUUUGCUGAAACCAUCGAAACAGUACUAAGAAGAGUAAAAGUCACUUUUAUAGACACUGUUUUGAGAAUUGAACAUGUGCCAGAAAAUUCCAAAACUGGAACAGCCCUUGAAAUUCGAAUAGAAAGAACUGUAUACUGCGAUGAAACUGCUGAUGAAUCCUCAGGAAUUAAUGUACAUCAGCCCACAGCUUUUGCUCACAAGUUACUUCAGCUCUCUGGAGUGUCUCUCUUUUGGGAUGAGUUUUCUGCAUCAGCAAAAUCUUCCCCAGUGUGUUCGACUGCACCAGUGGAAAAUGAGCCAAAGCUGUCACCUAGCUGGAACCCCAAAAUUGUUUAUGAGCCACACCCACAACUAACUAGAAAUUUACCAGAGAUAGCGCCCUCUGACCCAGUGCAGAUUGGUGGAUUAAUUGGUAGGUUGGAGUUGAGUCUCACAUUGAAACAGAAUGAAGUACUUCCUGGAGCUAAGUUGGAUUUUGAUGGACAGAUAGACUCUAUUCAUCUAUUCCUGUCACCAAGACAGGUACACUUGCUUUUGGAUAUGUUAGCAGCUAUUGCUGGACCAGAAAAUUCUAGCAAAAUAGGGUUAGCUAAUAAAGAUAGGAAAAACCGACCUAUGCAGCAGGAAGACGAGUAUCGAAUUCAGAUGGAAUUAAACCGGUAUUAUUUGAGAAAAGAUUCUCUUUCUGUGGGUGUAUCUUCAGAGCAAAGCUUUUAUGAGACAGAAACGGCUCGUACACCUUCUAGCCGUGAAGAAGAAGUUUUCUUCUCCAUGGCUGAUAUGGACAUGUCCCAUAGUCUCUCUUCUCUUCCACCCCUUGGGGAUCCCCCAAAUAUGGACCUGGAGUUAUCACUAACUAGUACAUACACUAAUACCCCAGCCGGAUCUCCAUUAAGUGCUACUGUGCUUCAGCCAACAUGGGGAGAGUUCCUUGAUCAUCAUAAAGAACAGCCAGUGAGGGGGUCAGCAUUUCCAUCCAACCUGGUUCACCAGACAUCUUUGCAGAAGGCUGCUCUCCCAUCUAGAUCUGUUUCAAUGGAUGAAUCCAGGCCUGAGCUUAUUUUUAGACUAGCUGUUGGAACUUUUUCAGUCUCUGUGCUUCACAUUGAUCCUUUAUCUCCACCUGAAACGUCAUUGAGCCUCAACCCAUUGACACCUAUGGCUAUAGCUUUCUUUACUUGUAUAGAAAAGAUUGAUCCAGCAAGAUUUUCAUCUGAUGAUUUUAAGUCUUUCCGAACAGUAUUUGCAGAAGCUUGCUCACAUGAUCACCUCAGAUUUAUAGGUACUGGCAUCAAAGUAGCCUAUGAACAAAGACAAAGAUCAGCUUCCCGGUAUUUUAGUACUGAUACAUCCAUUGGACAAAUGGAGCUUUUGGAGUGUCUAUUUCCAACCGACUGUCAUUCUGUUCCUCCUCACUACACAGAGCUUUUAACAUUUCAUUCUAAAGAAGGAACUGAUGCCCACCCCCCUGUGUGUCUUCAACUUCAUUAUAAGCAUUCUGAGAAUAGAGGACCCCAGGGCAAUCAAGCAAGACUUAGUUCAGUUCCUCAGAAGGCGGACUUACAAAUUAAAUUAAAUCCAGUAUGUUGUGAACUGGAUAUAAGUAUUGUGGACCGGUUAAAUUCCUUGCUUCAACCACAGAAACUUACUACAGUAGAGAUGAUGGCCUCUCACAUGUAUACUUCAUAUAAUAAGCAUAUCAGUCUGCACAAGGCUUUCACUGAAGUAUUUCUAGAUGAUUCACACAAUCCUGCAAAUUGUCGAGUAUCAGUUCAAGUUGCCACUCCAGCAUUAAAUCUUUCUGUUCGUUUCCCAAUACCUGAUCUUCGGUCAGAUCAAGAAAGAGGACCAUGGUUUAAGAAGUCACUUCAGAAGGAGAUCCUUCAUUUAGCAUUCACAGAUCUAGAAUUUAAGACGGAGUUUAUAGGAGGCUCAACCCCAGAACAAAUUAAAUUGGAACUUACCUUUAGAGAACUAGCUGGGUCAUUCCAGGAGGAGAAAGGGGAGCCAUCUGUUAAAUUUUUCCAUGUAUCUGGUGGAGUAGAUGGAGAUACAGCAUCGUCAGAUGACUUUGACUGGCCACGAAUGGUACUGAAAAUAAACCCACCAGCCAUGCAUUCCAUUUUGGAGAGAAUAGCAGCUGAAGAGGAGGAAGAAAAUGGUCACUACCAGGAAGAGGAGGAAGGAGGUGCUCAUUCUCUGAAAGAUGUCUGUGACCUAAGGAGACCAGCCCCAUCUCCUUUUUCUUCUCGUAGAGUAAUGUUUGAAAAUGAACAGAUGGUGAUGCCAGGAGACCCUGUAGAAAUGGUGGAGUUUCAGGAUAAAGCAAUCAGCAAUUCUCACUAUGUGUUGGAACUAAUGUUACCGAAUAUUCAUGUAACAUUACCUAAUAAGAGCUUUUAUGAGAGACUUUAUAAUAGGAUCUUUAAUGACUUGCUACUGUGGGAGCCCACAGCUCCUUCACCAGUGGAGACAUUUGAAAAUAUUUCCUAUGGUAUUGGGCUUUCAGUAGCCAGUCAACUGAUUAACACCUUCAACAAAGAUAGUUUUAGUCCAUUUAAAUCUACAGUUCACUAUGAUGAAGAAAGUGGAUCUGAAGAAGAGACUUUGCAGUAUUUUUCUACUGUUGAUCCCAACUAUCGUUCUCGUAGGAAAAAAAAAUUAGACUCUCAGAACAAGAAUUCUCAGAGUUUUCUCUCAGUUCUUCUGAAUAUUAAUCAUGGAUUAAUGGCAGUGUUCACAGAUGUAAAGCAAGAUAAUGGAGACCUACUGGAAAACCAGCAUGGUGAAUUUUGGUUAGAGUUCAAUAAUGGAUCAUUAUUUUGUGUAACAAAAUAUGAAGGUUUUGAUGACAAGCACUACAUUUGCCUUCAUUCUAGCAGUUUCAGUCUGUACCACAAAGGCGUAGUAGAUGGAGCAGUUCUUCCUACAGAAACACGACUUCCCUGUUCAACGCGCCCUCAUUGGUUGGAGCCUACUAUUUACUCUUCUGAAGAAGAUGGUCUCAGUAGAACUGCUUCAGAUGGUGUUGGAGGAGACAAUUUGAAUAUGCUCUCGGUUGCAGUUAAAAUAUUAUCUGAUAAAUCAGAGUCUAAUACAAAGGAAUUUCUCAUUGCUGUAGGACUAAAAGGAGCCACUCUGCAGCACAGAAUGCUUCCUUCUGGGCUUAGCUGGCAUGAGCAGAUUUUAUACUUCUUGAAUAUUGCUGAUGAACCUGUUUUGGGGUAUAAUCCUCCAACUUCAUUUACAACUUUUCAUGUUCACCUUUGGAGCUGUGCACUUGAUUACAGGCCCCUUUAUUUGCCAAUCCGAUCUCUUCUUACAGUUGAAACAUUCAGCAUUUCUAGUAGUGUUGCACUGGAUAAGUCGUCUUCUACUCUCAGAAUAAUCAUGGAUGAGGCUGCUUUACAUCUGUCUGACAAAUGUAACACUGUCACUGUAAAUUUGAGUAGAGAUUAUGUUCGUGUGAUGGAUAUGGGGCUUUUAGAAUUAACCAUAACUGCGGUGAAGUCUGAUUCUGACAGAGAGCAAACUGAGCCCCGCUUUGAGUUGCACUGUUCGAGUGAUGUUGUCCACAUCAGAACCUGCUCAGACUCCUGUGCUGCUUUGAUGAAUCUCAUUCAGUACAUUGCAAGCUAUGGUGACUUACAUGCACCUGGCAAGGCAGAACGGAAGCCUGGAGGCCCUCAGAGAAAGUCCAAGGUAGGUUCUUCUGGUGGAUCAUCCUCACGCGGUCCUGUGCUUCCUGAAGCAGAUCAGCAGGUUUUACGGGAUCUGAUGAGUGAUGCUAUGGAGGAGGUCGACAUGCAGCAGACCACUUCAUCAAUAAAGCCACAGGCUAAUGGUGUUAUGGAUGAAAAAUCUCAAAUUCAAGAACCAUGUUGUUCGGACCUUUUCCUGUUCCCAGAUGAGAGUGGAAAUGUGUCCCACGAGCCUGGCCCCACUUACGCCUCAUUCACUCACCACUUGAUUAGCGAUGCAAUGUCAGGUGUGCCCACUGAAAACGAUGAUUUUUGCAUUCUUUUUGCACCAAAAGCAGCCAUCCAGGAGAAGGAAGAAGAGCCAGUCAUAAAAAUCAUGGUUGAUGAUGCAAUUGUGAUAAGAGACAACUAUUUUAGCCUACCUGUUAAGAAGACAGAUACCAGCAAAGCCCCAUUACACUUUCCCAUUCCUGUAAUUCGGUAUGUUGUUAAGGAAGUUUCUCUUGUGUGGCAUCUUUAUGGAGGCAAGGAUUUUGGGACAGUUCCUCCUACUUCUCCAGCUAAAAGUUACAUUAGUCCUCACAGUUCUCCUUCUCACACACCCACAAGACACGGACGGAAUACAGUAUGUGGAGGGAAAGGAAGAAACCCUGACUUUUUAAUGGAAAUACAGUUAAGCAAGGUGAAAUUUCAGCAUGAAGUCUACCCCACAUGCAAAGCAGAAUGCGAUUCUAGCCUCUUAGAACAGCCAGUCUCUCGGCAGGUGUUCAUUGUUCAGGAUCUUGAAAUUCGGGAUCGGCUGGCAACAUCACAAAUGAAUAAAUUUUUGUACUUGUAUUGCAGCAAAGAAAUGCCUCGCAAAGCUCAUUCCAACAUGUUGACAAUUAAAGCAUUACAUGUGCGCCCAGAGUCUGGCAGGUCACCACAGGAAUGCUGCUUGAGGGUAUCAUUGAUGCCACUUCGCCUCAAUAUUGACCAGGAUGCCUUGUUCUUCCUGAAGGAUUUCUUCACAAGUCUUUCUGCAGAAGUGGAGCUUCUACUGACUCCAGAUCCAGAAGUCAAAAAGUCUCCUGGAGCUGAUGUCACCUGCAGUUUGCCAAGGCAUUUGAGUAUUUCAAAGGAGCCAAAUCUAGUUCUUUCUUUCCCUGGGCCAAAACUUUCCCAAAACGAGAGUGCCAGUGCAGCGGAUGCAGUUAAUGGAGCGGAGGAAAAGGACUUCUCAGCCGAAGAAGCGUCAUUUAGUGAUCAGCCUGUGUUUUUUAGAGAAUUCAGAUUUACAUCAGAAGUUCCUAUUCGACUUGAUUAUCAUGGCAAACAUGUAUCAAUGGAUCAGGGUACGUUAGCUGGGAUUCUAAUUGGUUUGGCCCAGUUAAACUGCUCAGAGCUAAAGCUGAAGAGGCUUUUCUAUCGGCAUGGUUUGCUAGGUGUUGAUAAGUUAUUUUCAUAUGCAAUCACUGAAUGGCUCAAUGACAUUAAGAAGAACCAGCUACCAGGAAUCCUGGGAGGCGUUGGACCUAUGCAUUCACUGGUUCAGUUAGUGCAAGGCCUCAAGGACUUAGUGUGGCUACCCAUAGAGCAGUACCGGAAGGAUGGGCGCAUUGUCCGAGGGUUCCAGAGAGGCGCCGCUUCCUUUGGCACUUCAACGGCAAUGGCAGCUCUGGAGCUGACAAACAGAAUGGUCCAAACCAUACAGGCAGCAGCAGAGACUGCUUAUGACAUGGUGUCUCCUGGUACUCUUUCUAUUGAGCCCAAGAAGGUCAGAAGGUUUCCUCAUCACCGAUUAGCUCACCAGCCAGUAGACCUGAGGGAAGGUGUGGCCAAGGCCUACAGUGUCGUCAAAGAGGGAAUCACAGACACGGCUCAGACCAUUUAUGAAACAGCAGCUCGAGAACAUGAGAGCAGAGGGGUUACCGGUGCCGUGGGUGAAGUCCUGCGCCAGAUUCCCCCAGCAGUGGUGAAACCUCUGAUUGUUGCCACUGAAGCGACAUCAAAUGUGUUGGGUGGCAUGAGAAACCAAAUUAGACCAGAUGUUCGGCAAGACGAAUCACAGAAAUGGCGCCACGGGGAGGACUGGCAUUUCCAACGAGACUCCUUGUGAGGAGAGUAAGGGUAGAAUAAGGAGCCUAGAGCCCCAGUGGCAGCUUCAGAGGGAACUCAUUUAUUUUAUCGUGCUCAUCUCAGGAACAAAAGCAUUUUUUUUUUUAGUUAAAUAAUUUAACGUCAAAACAACAUGCAACCAAAAAUUCUGAUAUUUAGGACUAGUUUGGUAUUUGCCUAUAGAAGCGUUUGGUGGCUGGUGUCAAAGAUUGUUAAAGCAUUUGCUGCCAAGUUAGUGUAUUGCUUACUUUUAUUAAAAUGACUAUAAUUCUCCUUGUUGUAGACAGGAUUUCAUUGGAAACCUUCUUUUACAGCAUAGAGUGCUCAAAAAGCAUUGGAGCAUUCUAAAGCACUAUUUAUGUAGCUCUGAUGAGUUAAUUUUUCUCAAGGUUUAGAAAGAAACACAGCUUCAAAACUUUGGUUGAGAAUGAGAGAAGCCCCAGGGGACGCAAAGCAAAUAGGGCUUUUAAUAUGAUACCAGUGUGAAAACACAAGUCACCCUGCUGGGUUAGGUGUUCCCCACACUUGAGGUGUCAAGAGCAGCAUUCAUCCCAUUUACUCGGAAGAGCCUUCUGGAGCUUGGAAAAAGUGAAGUCACGGACAUAUUCUGUCCUGUUGCACUUUAAUCCUCUGUGUGUGUGUGUGUGUGUGUGUGUGUGUGUGUGUGUAUAGAUUAAUGCAAGUCAUGUUCUUUAUUCCUUAUUCUUUGUCAUUUACAAAGUUACACAAAACACGAAGAGGAGUAAACAUGCCUGAGAGCUUCUGGCAGACGGAAAUACCCAAGUGCAGUAGUUUCCUCUAAGUGAAAGUGGAAACGUGCAUUCUGUAAUGAACUGGGCCCAUGUAAUUGUUUGUUUAAUUUAAGCAGGUAUAGUGCAAGCUUGUUAGAAUGUGCGGGAAGGGAGAUUGGAAGUAGUUUUUACUCUUUGAAAAUUAAAUUAAAAAAUCCUCAAAACAUAUGCCCUAGUCAACUAAUUCAGAGUACCAUUUUUAUUUGGUUAACAGUGUACAUUUUGAUAACCUGUCAGGAAUGAAUAAAGUAUUUUCUAUUUAAAGAUAAAAUUGUUUUAUGCUUUAAUGACUAUUCUGCUUUUCAUAGAGCAUAUUCAUAAAUGCAGUACUUUGAUUUAGUCCAAAAUAUUUGGAAGUACUUAGUCAGAAUUGAUUGUGGUUGUUAUCAAGUAAAUGAUCCCCAAGGACCGAGAGAGGUCCCUGAUUGUGGAGUAUUGUCACCCAGCUUCUCAUUCCUAAUGUGUGGGAGUGGUUGCAGGGGAGUAUUGUCAAGGUGAAUUUGGAUUUUGGAAUUGUUUUUUCUUUUUGGGGGGGGUCAGAAAAUGAAAUUGAAUCAAUUUUAUUCUCUAAAUUUGUAAACAGGGAGGCAAUGCAAACCAAAAAUCCACACAUUCAGAAUUCAUAAAAGUGGUGUUACAUAGCAUUUAAAUUUACUUUUUUUCCUUUUUAUUGCUGAAAAACUUAGAAAGGCAAUGCUCAGAGUAACUACCUGCAAUUACCUGCUUGAGCAUCAUGGAACCAUUUGUAACUCUAUCCCUAUUAACAGUUCAUGUAGCCUGGCCCUGACCAACAUUAAGGUGAUGACACAGUGUACCACCAUGACAGUCCAGCCUCUGGGGUGUAUUUUGUUGCCUUGCUCACCAGCUCCAGUAUUCUGUUUGCCUUAAAAUAAACCAUGUUGUGUACCUGAUUAAUCAAGCUGAAAAACACUGGAUCAAACUUUAAAAUCUUUAAUCUCUUAAUCCAUAGUUAUACUUCAAUUUAAUUAAAUGUAAUACGGGGGAAAUAAUUAUCCUUUUCUUUGCCCUUGAGUUGUGAAUGGUUUAGUUGAAAAAGCUCAUUAACACAUAUGUCCUUUUGAUGGGUCUCUGCACUGCCUUCUGUCCCACCCUCCUGCCCCGCUUUGGGUGGGAUCACUGACUGGAACAAAAACUAUGUCUCUCAGAGGUUCAGUGUCAAGGGUCUGUUCAUAGUCAGUUCAGCCAAAAUGCUCUUCCCUUGAGCUGUUUGUGGAGGGCCUGUCUGUAUCUGAACAUGUGUAUGUUAACUAUCUCCUACUAAAGAGGGUCUUUCCAGACUUCCGUGUGAGGACACAGUGAGGAGAGUGCAGCAGGAUCCUUGGGUUACUGGAUCUGCAAGCCACCAAGCAGAUGACUUGGCCAACACACUUAGUUCUCCGAGUGAAGGUUUCUUUUGACCAAGCCCGAUGGGAAUUUGUGUGCACCUAUGCGAAUGGUGGCACAUGUCUGUGCCCCCUACAUUGGGAGGUGACCUUGAGUGGGAACUGUGACUCUGGUCACAUCACACCCUGUGCAGCUGUGGGCUACUCCAUAUCUCAGGCUCUCAGUGAUAUGUUUUUGAAUUGUCACUUUGCCUGCGUGUUGAGUCGGGAUGUGAUGCAUGCUGUUGCAUUGAGCCCCUUGCAGGUCUCCCCCAGGAGUCCAGGUAAGCAAGCUCCAUCAGGAUCUGCCAGGAGCCAUAGACUCCCACAGUGCUGUUGAGGUGACUGUGUUACAAGUAGGCAGCACAGACCAUAGCCAUAGCCAUGUAUUUCUCUUGAACUGACCAAUUUUACCUUCCUAUGUGUUCCCAUGUUGCUGGUAUUUACAAGUACAACAUCUAUUGAACUCUUUUUUUUUGGGGGGGGGUACCGAUUUAACCCAGGGGCACUAACCACUUAGCAACAUCCCUAGUCCUUUUUAUUUUGAGACAAGGUCUCAUUAAGUUGUAGAGCCUGGCUUCAAACUUGCGAUCCUCCUGCCUUAGCAUCUCGAGCCCCUGGGAUUACAGAUGUGCGCCACCAUGCUCAUCUGAACGUUGGCCUUUGACAAUAGAUAAAACUGUUUCUUUCAGACCCUGUGGCAGUAGACUUUCAUUUUAAUGAAAUUUGAGUACAACUUGGUUCUUGCUUAGAGAGAAUAUAUUUAACAGUGAUGUUUUUAUAUGCAAAAGUCACUUUAAGAAAAAAAAUCUUUCCAAGGAGCAGCAUGCCUACCAUGCAAAAUAGUAAUAAAGACCAGUGGUUUUUGUCCCCUGCCAUGUGCCACUUUUUAAGUGCUGUUGCAAUAUUUCUGGUUUUUAGGGAAUUGCUGUUGAACCUCAGAUGCCCUUUGACAUGGGUCCUUGGUACCUGUGUUCUCACCAAUGGAAGAGUUAAUUUUAAAUGCAGAAUCUACAUUUUCACUAAAUAGUUUUAGGAUUAACUAUUAAUUUUCUUAACAUUAAUGUAAAUAUUGUAUAUGUGAAAAGCUGGGGCUGGGAAUGUGGCGCGGUGAUAGAAUGCUUGCCUCAUGUGUGAACCCUGGAUUCAAUCCCCAGCCCAUGGAGGCUUAAAAAAGAAAAAAAAAAAAGCACUCAGUUUCCAUUUUCUCAUGACUGUGUGGAGUGAAUUCCCGAGGUUAUGGUUAAUGUGCUGAGCCAUGGGGUGCACACUCUUUCCUUUCCCUUCACAUCCCCUGGCCUCACCUGCAGCAGUAGAGAGAAUAGCUGAUUUUUAAAAUAUAUUUUUUAAUUCUAUCUAUACAUGACAGUAGAAUGCAUUUUGACACAUCGUACAUAAAUGGAGUAUAAUUUCUCAUUCUUCUGGUUGUUUGUGAUGUAGAGUUACACGGGUUAUGUAAUCAUGUUUGCACAUAGGGUAAUACUGUCCCAUUCAUUCUAAUCAUUUCUAUCCCUAUGCCCCCUCCCCUCCCUUCACACCCCUCUGUCUAGUCCAAAAUACGUCUGUUCUCCCCCGACGCCUUAUUGUGAAUUAACGGCUGCAUAUCAGAGAAAACAUUCAGCCUUUGGUUCUUUGGGAUUGGCUUAUUUUGCCUCUUAUAAUGAGGAUAGCCAAUGUACCUUGAAAAUAAGAGACUGUGCACACUCAUUUUGGACCUGCAAAUGCAUCAGCUGGAUAUAGCAACUGGCAUCCAAUACACAUUCAAGCAGGGAUUGGUGAUGCACACCUGUAAUCCCUGCAGCUCAGGAAGCUGAGGCAGGAGGAUCUCAAGUUCAGGGCCAGCCUCAGCAACUUAGUGAGACCCUGUCUCAAAAAGGACUCAGUGGUCGAGUGCCCCUGGGUUCAAUCCCUGUGCUUCAUGGCCUGCCUGCUUUUAGCUUAGUGCUUAAGAUUGGUGUGGGGCAAGCUGCUCCUUUAAUAGAUGUGAUGCCCAGUUGCAAGGCAGCUACUUCUAGUGAGGAAUUACUUCCCUUUUGUCAUGCUGUCUGCAAACUGAAGACAGAAAAGGCAGUCCUAUAAAAUGCCACCAUAGGCCUCUUUGGGGAUGAGAAAUUUGAGUGUCAGUUCACAUUUUGGAUGUUGGCGAAGGAGUUAGAGAUGUAUUUCCUCCUUGGACAGCCAUGCUGCUUUCAGGCACUGGCUUCCUAGUGAGUGCCAGAGUGCUGCUGUGUCUAGAGCUGGGGUGUGUGUGGCACUGGCUCAGGGUCACUCGUGCCUGGGGGAUCAAAAUAGCAGCCCCCAACGUGUUUCCUCUGCUGCUUCACCUGCAUUUUGUAGCUGUGGAUGGCUGCUCCUGAUUUCUGGUAGAUUGGCCUUGCCCUCUGUAGCCUGCCGCUCCGCUCACUCAGGACUCGAGGCUUUCUCAAGGAGAAAUUCGGAAGCGACACCAAAUUCAGCUUUUAUGUAGAUCCAGCCUGACUUAUUUUAGAGACUGAAUCACCACAAGGAUGAGAACGUUCAUGUAGAUAUUUACUGUCUUGGCUAAAUUUCCUAAUUAUCCUAAUUGUGUUAAUUAUGGAUGUGAAUACUUACAAGAAUACUGAUACUGUACAAGUAUUUUGGUGGAAAUGUAUCUUGUUAGUGUGUAUUUAAAAUAUGAAAUUAAGAAUACUCAAAAAAUUAAAA